UCUGGCUAGUAGGAAAGAGCUGGAAGAACCAUUUGAAAAAACACAAAUAGGAUCCAGUGCCAUGGCAUACAAACGAAACCCUAUGCGAAGUGAACGUGUUUGUUCUCUGGCUCGCCAUUUGAUAUCAUUAAUUCAGUCUCCUCUCAACACUGCAGCUACUCAAUGGAUGGAAAGAACACUUGAUGAUUCUGCAAACCGGAGAAUCACCAUUGCUGAAGCAUUCCUCACAGCUGAUGCCAUUUUACAAACCUUACAGAAUAUUACUGAAGGCAUGGUGGUCUACCCCAAAGUAAUCGAGAGAUAUAUCGCUCAAGAGCUUCCCUUCAUGGCAACAGAGAAUUUUAUCAUGGCCAUGGUCAAGGCAGGAGGAGACAGGCAGGAUUGCCAUGAGCAGAUCAGGGUUCUAUCUCAGCAAGCUGGAGAUGUUGUGAAGAAGGAAGGAGGGGAUAAUGAUCUCAUUCAAAGAAUUAAGGAUUGUGCUUAUUUUGCACCAAUUCAUGCUGAGCUGGAGACCCUUAUGGACCCAACUACCUUUGUAGGCAGAGCACCAGAACAGGUCCGGGAAUUCCUGGAUAGCGAAGUGUAUCCUGUCCUGGCGAAAUAUCCCGGACAACUGGAGGGUUCCGUCUCUCUGGCUGUUUAAAUACUGAUUGGAAAUCUGCA